CAUAAAUCGCGUAAAUAUGUUGCAGAUGCCACAGACAGUGCCCACAGCAGCCGGCUACUCGCCGUCGUUCGACUACAGCACGUUCCAGUUCGAUCUUUCGCUACUCUCGGACGAUUACGCGACGACGACAACGCAAAAUACGUUGAAACCAGAACAGAUCAAGCAGGAGGCUCAAUCGCCGCGUCCCGGGUCGCCGUCGACGUACCCGAGCCCAGCGUACGCUGGUAUCGGGGGUGAACUAUCGCCUAACUAUUCGCAAGAGGGUUCGCCAGGAUAUCCGACGAGUCCUUGCUACGUGCCUAGAAGCCCGCAGAGCGCGCAAUUCUAUCCAACCAGUCCAGAACCGUCCGCGAAGCAGCCAGUCAAGAGAGAGAAGAGCUUAGACCUUUUGGCGAUCUUACAAGAAUCCAGGCUCUUGGCCGAGAGUCUGGGGUACAGAGAGGACUCGACCGACUGCACGGUCCCGUGCACGCCGCCGAGAACGGAGGAGGACAUUUACAACAGCCUUGACGCGGACUUCUUCGCGAAGAAAGAGGAUACCGUGGUGCAGGGUCACCCAUUGCUGAAGGAGAUCCUCUUCAAGGAGGAACCUCGGUCCAGCAGCAAUUCGUCGUCCUCCUCCUCCUGCUCUUCCUCCUCCUCCUCCUCCUCUUCUUCUUCUUCUUCCUCGUCGUCGCCGUGUUCGAGCGCUUCUUCUCCGAACCCCGUGGAUCUUGAAAACGGAUCCCCGUUGAGGAGCUUGCUGUUCAAGGGUGCGAGAACAAAUGUUCUGAAACUCGAUAGAAUACAGGACGAGGUCAGGAAUCCUCUGCGGAAGGAGGAGGAACUGUUCAAGGACGGGCAGAAGAGCGAUCACCAGUUGCUGAGAGAAGUGCUGAGGGAUACCAGCUUCCAAAGGAAGUAUAACCUCAGACCCGUGGACCUGGGUAGCGUCGGUACUGGAUUCGUCGAAGACAUGGAAGCUGGCGAAUGCGUCGGCGAUCUCACCAGGGAACAGAUCGAGCCUGUACUCAGCCUUGCCAUUCAACAGCUUCAAAAGGACUUCGAUAAUACCUGCGUCGCGCUUGGUAUCCAUCCCGAGCCGCGACGUUGGAGUGCAGCGGACGUGGCAGCUUGGAUCCAAUGGGCGAAGAAGCAAUUGCAAUUGCCCUCGGUACCAUUGGAGAGUUUCAACGUGGACGGCGCUACGUUGGCUUCCCUCACGGAAGAGGAAUUCUGUCAACGGGCCCCUCAAUGUGGGAGCAUCCUUCACGCGCAGUUGGAAAUUUGGAAGGCUGCAGUCGAAGAAUCUCCACGCAACACACUGGCAGCUACCUGGGGCCCAAUUGUUCAAACAUCCAACAAUAGUAACAGUACAACUAGUUUAGCCAAUGCUACUGCAGUUAACAUUAAAGGCUCCACCUGCAUGGACUUCUCUGACGACGAAGACGAGGACUGCGGCUCGUCCCAGUCAGGAAGCGGCGGUGGUAGCGGAAACGGUGGUAAAAUGCGUAACGGCGGCUCGCACAUCCACCUGUGGCAGUUCCUGAAGGAACUGUUACAGAGCCCGGCGAUUCACGGGUCAUGCAUACGCUGGCUGGACCGCGGCAAGGGUGUGUUUAAGAUCGAAGAUUCAGUACGCGUCGCCAGGCUCUGGGGCAAGCGAAAGAAUCGGCCGGCCAUGAACUACGACAAGCUGAGCCGUAGCAUCAGACAGUACUACAAGAAGGGGAUCAUGAAAAAAACGGAACGUAGCCAGAGGCUGGUCUAUCAGUUCUGCCAUCCCUACUGCCUCUAAACCGAGUCCCGUUAAACCCCUCGCGGUGUAACCUCGACGCCCUCGAAAACUAUAAAACGAUAAUUUAUGCAUUCGUACCGGUCAACGAAUCAUCCGACCCGCGCGAUUUAACGAUACUCGAAUAUUUAUUGCAAACGCGUCUGGCGUCGGGGUAACAUUCCCUCGUGAUAACCGGCAAAGGGUUUAACGCUCGAUUCCAGAUUCAGGGACCACGCCUACCCUUGAGACUGGCUUCUUUUUUUAAAGACGAUGAACUUCUGUUGUCAACCCCAACGGAAACGGUAUGAGUGACGUGUGCGUGUAUCGGUGCGAUUGAUUUCACGAAAAGGAACGAAAAUAACAAAAAAAAGAUGUGGUGAAUUAGUACGGAGGUCUUGAAGGUAAAAGAGAAAUUAUGAUCCGUCGUGUCCAGUGGUAUUAUCCGAGGAUAACGCUGUGGCACGGGCGGGUAUCACCUAGUACGCCCGUUUUGGGCGAAAACCCCAUUUAUGUAUUUCCCCCUCUCUCCCCUUUUCUUCCCGACACCCUGUCCUUCCUUUUCUACGUUACUGUCUUCAGAUUUUUUCCAUGGCAACGUGAACGAUUGACAUUAAAAACUCGCCCUUCACAUUUCCUCGUGAUCAAAGAAUUCACAGAAAACAUUCCAAAUUCUUUGGACUUUUAAAAUGAUCGUUGAAAAAAAUUAUGUUAAUCGCGUGUCGACGUGUCGAGGAACAAUAUAUUUCGCACAGAGACUAACAUCUAACGUUUUUUACUAAUGAUUCAAGUACGAUAACGCUGCUGGUAUUAUUACUAUAUCCCAAGUAUCAGUAAUACUACUGCGUUGUUAUUAACACUAACCAUAAUGUUAAUACAGCGACGCACGAUUGUCGACAUUAAAUCGGUAUUAUAUACCGUUGUGUCUUCGUUAACGCGUCGCCGAUGCACGUGUCGUUCCACGUUGACACGCGAUUUGUAAAAUAAUCGUGCGACACGGAUAUCGAGUCGUUCGAGAUCUCGCCUGGAGGUAACGUCCGGCGAGUCUCGAGCGUGGAAAUUAGAAGGAAAAACGAACGAGGAAGGGAGCGAUUAUAAAUGGAGAUUUCGUUGGAGAAAAGGGAAGAAAAACUAUAUAUACUCUUUCCUCUCUGUUCUCACGAUUGCUUACCAGCGCCGGUCGCCAAAGCCUCGAGCCGCAGCUGUGGAUCCACGGAUCCACGAUCGACGGACGAUCCAGCGCGGAACUAUUCGCUGCUGCUCGACCGGUCCCGCCAUUUUUCUGUCUUCAAACGGUGAAGGAGAUCCGUCGAUAGUCGAGGUACAGUAAUUUAUAAUGCUAGCAAAAAUUCUGGUCUCGAUAGCUGGCGGAGAUUGAUAGAAAAAUUCGAGAACACGAGAUGCGAUAUGGUAGCGUUAAAGAUUUAUAACAUUCAAAAGCCGAGUUCCUGCAUGCUCUUUUACAAGCUUUUAAAAUAUUGUAAAAUGUUACGUUGAAUGUUUAUUGUGAUAUUCUAUUUAAAAAAUGAUUCCAUUAUAAAUAUGGCAUGUACGUAUAUACUGUAAUCUUUUAACCACAAAUUGAUAUUUUUCUAAGCAUUGACUUAUCAUGUAAAAUUUCCUAUUUACAAAUUGUUAUCGAGUUAGUAUGUUGAACAUUUUUAAAGGAACAUGAGAAAAGAUAUUUUUGAUACUAUACGAGUGCAAUAAAAUACAUUGUUUGAAACAUUUUGUAUACCAGUGUAUAAGAAAAUAUAUACAUAUGUAAAAUAUUUUUGAUACUAUAUAAACGUAGCUAUUUUUGAUAUCAUAAACUAGAAAUCAUAUUUUAUGUAUGUUAAAAGAGAAAGAUAUUUUCAAAAGAUGAGUGCCUUGAUCAAUAUUCUUAGAUCAGAAUUUGCCACGCUUCAAAAGGGUGCGCGAAGGGAUCAAUUCGUCCUACAAUACGCCUCCCAUUGCAAGGCUCUUAAGUGUAAAGAGAGAGAUAGAAAUUGAAGUAAAUGGCGAUCGUGGAUAGCUCGAGGCGCGAACGUUUGCGCGGCUGGUUCUGGUGAUUUUGGUCCCAUAUAUCUAUGAUAUAUUAAACGUUGUAUGUUCCAUGAACGACCUAGCAUGUAAGUUUCACUUUUUAGCGUAAGCGUCCAUCACCGACGGCUCACGUGAGUCCGUCUGUUCAGUUACUCGAAGAGAUUUCCCUCUAUUAUCUCCUUCUCUCUCUCCUAACUGUCCU